AAUAGAAAUGGUGGCGCUGAUGUCGGUUUGACAACCGUGAGCGUUUCCGCCAUGCUGCAACAACAUGUCUACUUCCUUUCAGUGAGGUUCUCUCGACGAACAUGGCACCUCCGAAACCCAAAACGACGGAAAAGCCCGCGGCCAAGCCGGCGGAGAAGAAGAAGCCAGCGGCGGCUCCGGCCGCCGCCAAGGCUGCAGCUCCAGCUCCUAAAGCUGCCGCUAAGCCCGCCGCAGGUAAACCCGCUGCCGCCGCCAAACCAGCGGCGUCCAAAACUUCGGUUAAGGCAGUUACCAAAGCUGCUUCUAAGACGCCCGCUAAAGGCGGCAAGGUCGCCGCCAAGGGUAAGGGUAAACCCCUUGCUAAGGGCGCCAAGCCACCAGUUCCUCUUAAGAACAUCCUCAGCAAGCCUAGGUUGAAUGCUCCUGCUAAACCCUCAAAGCUGGCUAAGAUGAAGGCUUUGCAGAAGGCCAAGAAGGUUCAAAAGAAGGUGAUCAAAGGCCCACAGGGUACACGCGUGAGGAAGAUCCGCACAUCAGUGCACUUCCACAGGCCACACACCUUCCGCCCGCCGCGCAUGCCGAAAUACACUCGCAAAUCGGUGCCGAACCGCAACCGUAUGGACGCAUUCAACAUCAUCAAAUACCCUCUCACCACUGAGGCGGCGAUGAAGAAGAUUGAAGACAACAAUACGCUAGUUUUUCUUGUGCACUCGCGUGCCAACAAGCACCACAUUCGCGCUGCUGUCAAGAAGCUGUACGAUAUUGAUGUCGCCAAGGUGAACACGCUCAUCCGCCCUGAUGGCAAGAAGAAGGCGUACGUACGUCUUGCGCGCGAUUACGACGCGCUCGAUGUUGCCAACAAGAUUGGCAUUAUAUAAGUUAAUAAAUUUAUUAAUUUCUUCAAAAAACACCUUAAAGACUUGGGCGUGUGUGUUUCUUUUCCCGUUUUCUGUAUAAAUUGAACGGAAAUAAAUUUGAGGGGAUUACAUCAAGAGAUGUGAUUUUUAUAGAGAAUUUUAACAAA